AUGGCGGAAGUAUUCGGCGUCGUCGUGAGCGCCCUGACGGUGGCCGAGAUGGCGGGCAAGUUCGGCGCCAGCAUCGUCAAGCUGAAGAAGCUCUGGGACGAGGUCCAGGACGUGCCCAACGAGAUCGCCCACCUCGUCCGGCAGCUGGAGAUCCUCCGGCCCGUGCUCGCCGAGAUGGAGGCCGAGUUCUCGCAGCGGACGCACCGGGUGCACCGCGACAGCGCGGCGAACCUCAGCAUGGAGUACUGCCAGCAGGCGGUGGGGGAGCUGGACGCGCUGGCCGAGGAGCUGCAGUCGCGGAUCAAUACCGCGAAGCGGUCCAGGAGGCACAUCACGAAGCUGAAGGUCACGUUUAAGAAGGAGCAGAUCCAAGCCUACCAGAACAAGAUACGGUUCGCUCUGCAGCUUCUGGCUCUCUCGCAGCAGACAUACACGAUUUCUCUGGUCAAGUUGCGGUCGGUGAUCCAGGACGGCCCCGCUCAAUCGACAGCAGCAAACCAACCCAUACAGUCUGAAAUUAUUGUGGGAAGCCCGCAAGCCAGGCAGAACGUGUGUUCUGGUCAAAACAGCUGGUGUUCAAUGGCCUCGAUACCAUGGCGGAAGGCCUCUUUCUUCGGUGCUUUCGUCUAUCAAACGACAUCAGACCCCAGUCACCCCGGCAUCCAAGUUCACCAGGCACGUGUCCAGAUUCCAUGGUGGAUAUCAGAGACGGUCUGGGAUUUCCAGGCACAAAGGGCGUGUACAGGGUGGAAAGUUCUACUCAAGCCCUGGAUAAUGCGACACGUCGAUGCACCCAUAUUUUGCUAUGUCCGAGGCGGUUCUUGGUCUGAUAUCUUAGAGGCUCUCAGCGCGGGGGAGGCCUCUUUACAAGAUGUUGAUCCCAGCGGGUUCACAUUGCUACACGUAUGGCCCGUUUCCAAUUCGAUCCCCUGGACAGCAGCCAACUCACUUUUGAGAGCAGGUGGCCGUUAUUUAUCACUUUCCUGA